GAGGCGGCGGCCAUUUUGGCUCUCCGCUGACAGGGGCAGGCGAGCGGGAAAGAGGGCGCCGGCCGUGCCUGGCCCUAGCGCUUCUACCCUCGCCUUCCUCGGGCCGCCCGGCUCGGCUCCUCGCGCCUCGCCAUGUCGGACACGCGUGGCGGCAAUGACAGCCGUCCCGACGAGACCGGCGUCGAGAAACAGGACACGCAGGAGAAGGAAACGGGCAUCCCCGAGAAAGAAGAGGAGGCCAAAUUAAAAGCCAAAUAUCCCAACAUAGGACUGCAGAAGCCCGGGGGUUCUGACUUCUUAAUGAAGAGGCUGCAGAAAGGGCAAAAGUACUUUGACUCCGGAGAUUACAACAUGGCCAAAGCCAAAAUCAAGAACAAGCAGCUGCCAACGGCGGGUACCGACAAGAACCUGGUGACCGGUGACCACAUCCCCACGCCCCAGGAUCUCCCCCAGAGAAAAUCGUCCCUCGUCACCAGCAAGCUGGCAGGGUAACCUGCUCUCCUGAAGGGAUUUCUCUCUCUCUCUUUCUCUCUCUUUCUCUCUCUCUCUCUUCCUCUCUCUCCCAGCUCCCAAGUCAGGGGUGCCCCCUCUGCCCUCCUCUUCCUCCUUCCCGCAAACCAUGCUGGGUGCUUCAAAGCUGCUUCUUCGACAAGAGGGGCAGGGGAGGGAAUUGUGUUCUCUGGCUUUUGGCGACCAGCAAUUCCCGGGGUGGUUGGUGGUGGGCUGUGACAAAGAAAAGGGAAAGAGCCAGGUGUGGACAUGGGAGUGACAAACCCUUUUGACAAUAAAAAAUAACCCUUGUUUCAACCCAGGAA